GUCAGGAGACUCGUAAACAUGGGGUGGGUUAUGACCAAAACGCGUGAAAGGCGCACGGAAUCUUACAGCUUGUCCGAACGCGUAGACUCCGAUCCGAAUCGCUGAGUCCGCUCAAUCACAAAGAAAAAUGGAGUAAGUUUCUUCUCCUAGUUCACCAUUUCAAAAGGUUUCUCAGUUCUUGUAAUUUUCUCUUCCAAUGGCGACUCCAAUCACGAAACUUCACUCUUCCAUUUUUACCCUCACUCUAUGCCUUAUCACCACUCUAUCCUUCUCCACCUUCACUCCCACCGAUAAUCAUCUCAUCAACUGCGGCUCCGCAGUCGCCGCCACCGUUCAUAACCGCCAAUUCAUUUCCGACGAAGAAUUUUCCAAUUCCGAUACCCCACUUCUCUCCGCUACACGUACAAUUCCACUCGCUAAUCAAAACACUAACCCUAACACUCCUCAAAUUUACAACACAGCUAGGGUUUUCAACAAGCCCUCUAAGUACGUUUUCGAGAUCAAGGAUCCAGGGACCCAUAUGGUACGUCUUCAUUUUAACCCAUUUCGCUCUUCAAAUUUUGACUUAAAGAACGGUCGGUUCCACGUUUUGGUUAACGGGUAUGUCGUUUUGAGCAAUUUUACUGUGGUAAAUAUGGUGAAUAAUUGGAUAAUUAAGGAGUAUUUAAUCUGGGUUGAUUCUGAUAAGGUUAUGAUUGAGUUUAUUCCAAUUAAGAGAGGUGAAUUUGGUUUUGUUAAUGCAAUUGAAGUUAUAUCUGCACCUAAAGAUUUAAUUGGUGAUGUGGCAACUCUAGUGAACGGUUUUGAAAAUGAAAAUUUAGUUGGAUUAAGCAAGCAGGGUCUUGAAAUUAUGUAUAGGAUUAAUGUUGGAGGUCCGAAGAUUACGCCUUUUAACGAUACAAUUUGGAGAACAUGGAUUCCCGAUGAUCGAUUCUUUGAAUCGAGCGAGUUGGCUACUCGGGUUUAUUUCAGUGGCAGAAUUAAGUAUCAGAAUGGAGGUGCUAGUAGAGAAGUCGGCCCGGAUUUUGUUUACAAUACUGCUCGAGUAAUUUCCAGCACGAAUUCUUCGAUUGUUAAUGGAAAUAUGACAUGGGUGUUUCCAGUUGUUCAGGGUUAUCAAUAUCUUGUUAGAUUGCAUUUUUGCGAUAUCGCCAGUAUGUCACUUGGUUUGCUAUACUUUAAUGUCUAUCUUAAUGGGAAUUUGGCAUAUGAGAAUUUGGAUCUCAAUUCUAGAACAUAUGCAUUGGCUUCUCCAGUUUAUACGGAUUUCGUCGUCGAUAGCGAGAGCAACGGGGUUAUAAGAGUGAGUAUCGGACCUUCAAAUUUUAGUAUGGCGCAUACUGUCGAUGGCAUAUUGAAUGGAGUUGAGAUCAUGAAGAUGAAUAAUUCAGCGGGUAGUCUCGACGGAAAGAUGUGCGCCGGGAUGGUACUGAGCAGCUGGCCGCAAAAGAGUGUCGGUGUUUUGGUUCCAUUUGUUGCUGUUUUGUGUGUGUUGUUGAGUGUGUAUGUUGUUAUGCAGAGGAGGAUCAGUGGUAUGAGGGACUCUAUUGUAUGGUCAAAAUUGCCUACCGAUGUCUCGGAAGUUGCAUUAAAGCAAGGAAAUCAGCAUUUUACUGCCAAAAAAUGAUGUGAAAUACAGGUUUUUGUAUGAUAUAAUUUGUAAUGUGAUAGUUUCUUAAUUUCUAAUCAUAUUAAUCUGGAAACUUGGAGUGUAUUAAUGUAAGUAAGUUGUAUGUAAAGCCUGUAAUAGUGUAUUGUAAAUUUUGCAUUUUCUUUGCGUCUGUUGCGCCUUUCUAAUGAUAUUAGAGUUUUUGUGUA